GGCGAUAUGAUGUCGCUUCUUAUUAAAAAGGGUAUUUUUGAAGAACCCCUUGCUCGUUUCUACGCAGCUGAGCUGACACUUGCUUUGGAGAGCGUCCAUUCUCUUGGAUUUAUUCACAGGGACAUCAAGCCAGACAACAUCCUUAUUACUCGCGAGGGUCAUAUCAAGUUGACUGACUUUGGUUUAUGCACAGGAUUCCGCUGGACGCAUAGUUCAAAAUACUGGGACCUUGAUUUCAGUAUUCCGCCUGUUCGUAGCCCCGCCAAAAAAACGCAAAUUUCUUCUACGCCUGGCCAAAAUGGAGCUGCAAUUUUAACCACGUCUGCCGUGUCACCUAUUGCUCCCCGACAGCUCACUGAAGCAACGACAUCGACUGAGACUGGUUUUCCCGAGACUCCUAAGCCUGUAUGUUGGACAAACAGUUGCUCAGAAGGCUCAACUCCUUUGCCUAUAAACACGGAAUCUCAUUGCAGAGAGUCUCUUUUGUCGUCUUCCUCCUCAUCGUCCAUAUCUUCUUCAUCCUCAUCUUCCUCUCAUGUUUCUGGUGAUGCCCUUUGUGAAAAUGCUUUGAAUACCAAUGACGAAUGUAAGGAAGAAUGCGAUGAAGUUAUAGACGAGUCGACGGGCUUGUGCAGCGACUCUGACACUGAGGAGACAGACAAAAACAUUGGAACUUUGAUUGAAGAUGAGGGGGAACUGGACUACGAGGAGGACAUAGGCUAUGUUGACGAGGAGAGCGAUGAAGAUGAUAAUGGGCAGCAUGAAGGGGAGGGAGAGCAGAGCUGUGUAAAGGAUGAACUGAUAGAUAUAACUGACGGAGGGGGUGACAGCGGUAAACAGGCCGAAGCAGGACAUGAUUCCGUUGAACAAGGGAAACAGUUGGGAACUGCAAGAGCUAGUGGUGGUCCACCUUCCCAAGACAUUCUUGGGAAGCAACAAAAAACGAUUAGUGAGGAAGAAAAGCGAGCAGGAAGCCUGGCGCGCCGCCGACGCCAUUACAAUGACAAAACUUUAGAGCGCCGCAAAGCGAGUUUUGCUAACCGCCGAUGUGCUCAGUCACUGGUUGGAACGCCAAACUACAUUGCUCCCGAGAUCCUUCGUCGACAGGGUAGGUUUGUCGCUUUCCUUGUUUAG